CAAAAUUAAAGGAUGAACAGUUUGCUGAAUACAAAAAAUAUUUCAUGAUUAAUGCUCCUAGAGAAACACAAUGGAAUAGUUAUUUUUAUGUUUGUCUAAGCUUUCUAAGAUCACAAAAGAUAUUACAAAUUCUUGCAAUUAAGUUUGAGCUAUCUAUUGUAGAAACUUAUCAUGCUAGAAUAAAGCUAAAAUUAAAGUGUAAAGUCUAUGAAAUUAUUAGUUCAGCAAAUUUUUGGACCAAUAUUCACGAUUUGCUUAAUAUUCUCCAACCUUAUUAUAUUAUUUUAAACAAAUUGCAAUCUGAUAAAGCUCAACUACAUCAAGUUAUCUUGAGUUUAGCUUUUCUUGCCCAAUUUUGGGAAAAUUAUGAUGAUUUGUAG